UUCAAGCUCAGUUACAGUUCAUGUAGAGCAGCUAUGGAAGAAAAUUUAGAAAAGGUUUUGGAACGGCUGUCAGAAUUCAUCCACAAUACAACCCAUUAUAUUCAACCAACUUAUGAUGCAGCCAUACUGGAAGUGAACCAGUAUAUAUCCUCAUUUGACUGGGAGAAUCUAAAAGAAGAAUGGAUAGCUCUUGGCAAGCAUGGCAUUCAACUUACACUUGCUGCAGCUGAUGGUGUUCUUCUAGGCAUACAGCAAGAACUUCCAAAACUACAGGAGGAGGCCUCACAUUGGAUUCAAGAGACCAUCAAGAAGGGAGAACAGCUGCCAUGGAAUAGCAGAACAGCAUGGACAGUGUUUUUACUCACACUUACAUUUCUUUGGAUCAUGUCUUCUCCAAGAAAUAAGAACAGGCGCAAGGAGAAGAAGGAAGGGAACACAAAAGUAGAAGAUCAAAUGAUAUUCAGCUUGUUUGAUCUUGCCAAGGCCUCUUAUGUGAAAGCGAAUGCCUUAGAAGUGAUGGAUAUUGUAGAUCCAAACUAUUCAGUCUCUGAUGACAAGAUGACACUAUUUCUGUUGAAGUUCCCAGAUGACAGAGCAAUACGAAAACAAUAUUGA